CUGGUCGUCACCGGAGACAUCGACACUGUCUUCGGCCCGAAGGAGCUCGAAGACUCGUGGGACGACACUGGCGCGGGUCACAGCCUGCGCUCGCACGCAUCGGCGCACGAACAGGACGUACCGAUAAUCGGCUACAACGGUGACUUCGACGGGUUCGAGUUCACGGAGAACCGGGACAUCGGCCGGUACGUGUUCGAGCGGGUGCUGGGCAAACCCCUAAGUGGGUAG